UAGAUGGAGUCUAGAUUCAUUGAGGGACAUAAGCACGGUGACUCGAAGAGUUUCACAGAGUUUAUCGUUUCCCUUUUUAGCAGGUGGAAGAUAAUUAAAAUAUAAUUUAUCCACCUCACUGAAGCAAAACAGGACUAGUUCGUUGACUUCGUGAUUUCAGCUAGAGAAACCGCGAUGCGUUUGGAGGUGGAAAGCGUCCGUUCGCUUUAACGCGACACAAGUUUCCACGUAGGCUGUUAUCUUCUCGGAUACUCAAAUGUUUUACAACUUAUAACAGCGAACACGCCAAGACAUGGUUUCAAAGUAUGGAAACAGAAGACGUGACGGUUAGAGAGCAACUAUUUCACAACCAAGUCCGAGAAACCAUUAUUUGCGUGCUGCUUUUCAUUUGCCUCUACAUCUUGUCGCACUUCAUUCUCACUCACUUCAAGAAGAAUGCCGAGUUUGUCGCUGAUGACAUUGAGGAUGCCACUGUCAACAAAAUUGUGUUGCGGCUGUGUACAUUCACACUCUCUGUGGCCGUAUGUGCAGUACUGCUUCUGCCCAUCUCCAUCCUGUCCAAUGAAGUCCUUCUCAUGUUCCCACACAGUUACUACAUGCAGUGGCUCAAUGGCUCGCUCAUCCGUGGCUUGUGGAACCUAGUCUUCUUAUUUUCAAACCUUUCAUUGGUCUUCCUCAUGCCGUUUGCCUAUUUCUUUACUGAAUCAGAAGGAUUUACUGGGUCCAAAAAGGGCAUUAUGGCGCGGGUCUAUGAGACCGCCGUGAUGCUGCUGCUCCUCAGUCUGCUGGUGCUGGGCAUUGUGUGGGUGGCAUCAGCCCUCCUCCAUCACAAUUCCGCACGUGAGAGUCUUUAUGACUUGUGGGAAUAUUACCUUCCCUAUCUUUAUUCUGGAAUCUCACUUUUUGGAGUUCUACUGCUUUUGUUGUGCACACCCUUUGGGCUUUCACGGAUGUUUAGCAUCACUGGGAGCUUAUUGGUCAAACCUCGGUUGUUGGAGAACCUAGAAGAGACCAUGAACUGCACAGUGUUUGAAGAGGCCUCUCUGUCCAGGAAGUUGAAAAGUAACACCUUCUGUUGGAUGAGUGCAAACCCAGAGUCCAUCAACACUGAGUUUUUGAGUGUGCAGUCCAAACGCAUUGCUUUAGAGUUGAGGAAAAGAGCAUCUCCAUGGCAGCGCAACCUGGGAUACCCAGUGGCCAUGCUGCUGCUUUUAGCUUUAACUGCCGUGUCUGCGCUGAUGGUGUGUUUCCAUGUGCUUGAACUGCUCUUCGAUGAGUCUGCUAUGCCUAGAGGAAUGGAGGACCCUCACUUGGGCCGUGCAUCAUUCUCUAUGUUCGGUUCCCUGGGAGCUGCAGUGCAGGUGGUCAUCAUCUUGUAUCUCAUGGUCUCCUCGGUCGUCGGCUUCUACAGCUCUCCACUCUUCACCGGUUUGCUGCCACGUGCACAGGACACAACCCUCACACAGAUUAUAGGGAACUGUGUUUCUCUUGUGAUACUCAGUUCAGCCUUGCCUGUUUUCUCCCGCACAUUGGGAAUCACAAGGUUUGAUCUGCUUGGAGACUUUGGACGGUAUAACUGGCUUGGCAGUUUCCACAUUGUUUUCCUGUACAACAUGCUUUUUGCUGGACUCACAUCCGCCUGCCUCAUCAACACAGUCACAUGGGCCUUGCAAAGAGAACUCAUCCGUGCCUUUGGUCUCCACAGACUGCCUCGGACUGUGUCUCGAUCAACCAUCCCCCUUAAACUCCUCCUAGCCAAUGGACUCUCAAAGAUUCAUUGAAGAGCGAUCAGCUUUUUGAUAUAUAAUUGACUUUUGAAGCCCUUUACCUUCUGGAGAAGGUUCUGGCUCCCAGUCUGUGGAUUUCUCCAACUGGACCAGUGCUAUUUUUAGUCCGUUUUAAAGUGUAUUAGCCACCAAAGCUGUUGGAUAACAUUUGUUGACCGAUGGGUACUCCUAAGUGGGAUCCUACAACUGCAGGUUUAUGCAUAUUCAAUCAUAUUACUGCAUUUAAUAAAGGGAUGUCAAAUCACUGGACACCUUGAACAAUCAGCAUAUGAAAAAUGAACAAUGGUUACAGAGGACAUGCAUCCAGACAGGAGAGCUAUUUCAGAGGAUGACAUCACGGCCAUGUCUGCGUUUCCUUUUCCUGGUGGUGGAACGAGAGUGUUGAGUCCUGUCCUGGUGGGCCCCCCCACGCUUUCCCCUUGUAUAACACUAUUUUUAGUGUCAUUCACUGAAUUCGGUUACUGUGGGUCAUUACUGCACUGGCAUUGGAAGACCAGUCUGACGGGGGUUUGUCUGCUUUUAAAUGAAGUGAAGAACCUGAGAAAAGGGAUGAAAGUGGAAAAAGUGACAGUGAUCUUAGAGAUGAUGUUCAUUGUGAGGAAACAAAUGGGGUUCUAGCUUGUAAAAUACACUAUUGUAGAGAUUAGGUUUUAAAAUGUAUGUUUAAAAAAGAUGGCUGACUCUAAUUUCAGGCCAAGACAACUGUGAAUGUAUAACUUUUUUGGUUAUAUUUAAUAAGUGAAUUGUUUUAAAGUGCAAUAUUGUAUUAUGAAACGGUGUCACAAUUAUGCAAAUAACUUAACUUCCUAUCAAAAACAAAUGGUGUUUGGCUCAAUUAAGAACACCUAGUUCGGGCAAUAUGGUUAGAGUUUGGCUAGUUUAUAAGUUAUGUGUUGAACUGUGUAGAGGGACAAUCAACGCACAUGAGCAUUUCCUGUUUCACAGACAAUACGUUGCUGUGAUUUCAUAAAUGUAGACUUUUUGAUUUAAUAAUUGCUCGUUUUAUAUGGAGCAGUAUUGUGGUGUACACAUGUUGAUCCAGCUGUUGUUUAUUCUUUUGUAUGAUUCUGUUAUUUAUGAAUUUGUUUCUAUAACAGCAUAUUUUUUAAACUUCCUUCAAGCGGUGGCCAGUAGAGGACAGUAUGCCACAAAUCCAUCAUUACAACAUCUCUGUAAUUCGUUUUUUUUUUCUCACCCAUAUUUUAAUAACAUUUUAUUUUUCAAUAGACCCCACUGAUGAUAUUUGAGAUAUUUUUCAAAUUUUAGUUUGUAUUCAUACAGGUUUGUAACAAUGUGGAUGAACUAUCACUUUAAGUUUUUUUUCUAUUCUCACAAAAUGCAUUUUUUGCUGCUCAGAAAAACUGGAUUUCUGAUGACAGACUGUCAGUCCUGCAUUACUGGAUCAUAUAUGGAUGUUUGUUUUACUUCCCUAGUAGAUUGAACAAAUUACUCAUUUUCCAAAAAAAAAAAAAAGAAUUGCUGACAUUGAACAAAUUACUCCUUUUUCAAAAAAGAAAUUGCUGACAUUUUAAUAGUUCGUUUGAAAAAUCCAGCUGCAUCCUUUAAUGUUAGCAACUGUGACAAACCAUUUCUCCUCAUUCCCUUCGAAGUGCUGAGAAAAGAACAAUAAAUGUGUUUACAUCUGUUUUUCCAACCAAUGUGUCAUCUGUGAGUCAUUUUGAACCCAUUUUUGGUUCUGGAUCUGUUAAAGACUUCUCCAUAGAGGUCAGCAUACAUUUCUUGGCAUCUGAGCACCUGACCACUGCUCUGAUGGCGCCGUGGUGGUUAUGUUUAGCUCUGGUGUUAGUGUGCCUGUCUGUCUAUACAUCUUCCCCCAGCUGUCCCUCUGCCCAUAGCUGGCCAGCUUUAAUCAGGGUCUUUAUUUUGCCCCAGGUCUGUCAGCAGGCCUGCAGAGACGCCUACUGCCCCAUCCUGUGCUUUCCCUUCACGGAUGCCCAUGACCGAUAAAAUCCCUACAUCAUCAGGAGCGUGCUAGCCACUCGCUUUCACCCCCCACCCUUAUAUCGUCCAUCCGUUUUCCUUGAGUGUUCAUAUCCUUUUCCUUUUGUCUUUUCUCUUAAAAAAAAAAAA